UCGUAUCAACACUUACAAAUGUACUCUGUCUAAGUACACACGGCUGCGUAGUCAGAAGUAAGGGAAAAACCUACUUACUUCUUACAUCAUUGUCAUUCAAUCUUAAAGACUUGAGAUACAAAUAGAUGUUUAUGUGAAAAGUAAUUUCUCAAGGCAACAACAUGGAUGCAAGAUGUACAUGUUUAGUUUUUCUGUUGUUUACAGUUGUAAAUUCCAAAAGUAAUAACCUAGAAAUCACAUCUCUUCAUGUUCAAUCUGAUAUCAGAUAUAGGUUUGCUACAACUCUCGUUACCAGUACUGUGGCUAAUAGCGAUAACAAGUCGGUAGAGGCUAAAUUCGAUGUCACUCUUCCGGAUGCCGCAUUUAUCACCGAAUUUGUCAUGGAGAUUGAUGGCAAACUAUAUCCAGGAGAAAUCAAUGAGAAAGAGAAAGCAAAGAAAAAGUACGAAACAGCAAAGAAAAAGGGACAAACAGCUGGAAUCGUUUCACAAAAACCAAGGCAUACCAACCGCUUCAGUGUUGAUGUUAACGUUGCAGCCGAGAGUUCAGUAACAUUCAAUCUGACCUACCAAGAAUUAUUGGAGCGAGUUUACGGGGAAUAUGAGCAUAUCAUAUAUAUUGACCCCGGUCAGAUAGUAGAAGAUUUCACGAUAGACGUAGCUAUACACGAGUCGAGGGAAAUUACUAAAGUCUCUGUGCCACCAAUUAGAAAUGACAUACUCUCUGAUAGUAGUAUUGAUGAAGGCAAGAAUGCUUUGGUGACGAUUAAUAGACCAACAACAAAAUCAGCGAUGAUUCACUAUGCACCUACUGCAGAUGACCAAAAACAGCUAUCUGACCAAGGAAUAUCCGGGCUCUUUGUCAUUGAAUAUGACGUUGAAAGAAAAUUUGAUGGCGGAGAGGUUUUGGUUGUUGAUGGAUAUUUUGUCCACUUCUUUGCACCGUCUGGUAUGAAACCGAUUCCGAAAGACAUUCUGUUCAUUCUAGACGUAAGCGGCUCAAUGUCCGGAGUGAAAAUCCAACAACAACGUGAUGCCAUGGAUAAGAUUUUGCAAGACUUAAACGAAGAAGACAGAUUCAAUAUUAUGAAAUUCAGUUCACAUUCUAAACUUUGGCAGGAGUCUCUGGUUUCUGUAAAUAGCAAUACAACACAUACAGCCAGAGAGUUUAGCAAAAAGAUGGAGGCAAGUGGAGGAACAAGAGCUAAUGACGCAUUGGAGAAAGGAAUACAGUUUCUAAAUAACGUAGAACUCGACAGUCAACGUAUCAAAUUGAUUGUGUUUUUGACUGAUGGAAGAGCAGAAACAGCCAGCAACACAAUUCUGAAAAACGUUAAAACAUAUAACACAAAAGGAAUAACGAUGUUCAGUCUUGCAUUUGGGAAUAAUGCUGAUUAUACCUUCAUCAAGAAGCUUGCUGUCCAGAACAAAGGAAUUGCCAGAAGAAUUUUUGAAGAUUCAGAUUCCUCUUUGCAGAUAAAAGGAUUUUAUGAUGAAAUAUCGUCUGCGACAUUACAAAAUUUAACAUUUCAAUACCUCGGAAAAGACGAUGAAGUUGUUGAAAAUGUUACAAGGUUGAGUUUUGAUACGUUUUUUGAUGGAAAGGAAUUAAUUAUUGCCGGUAAAAUGUCCGAUGAAAAUGUCAAUGAAGUGGAUUUGGUUGUAACUGGGGACGGUUCUGAUGGACAUAUAGAACUGUCUCUUGAUUCAGAUGUAAACAAAGGUGUUCCGGAACUGACAAAACCUGAGGAUUUCCACAAAAUUACAGAGAGAAUAUGGGCAUAUUUAACAAUAAAACAAUUGCUAGAGUCUGCAAUAGAAGUUGACAAUGCCGAAGAAAAGACACAAUUGAAUCAAAAAGCUUUAGAUCUUUCUCUUAAGUACAAGUUUGUUACACCCUUGACAUCCAUGGUCGUUACAAAACCAGAUGAAAAAGAUGUCGGAUCAUUCGAAGAAAAUGAGGAUGCUAAACUUGCGGUGUCUGGGCAGAUUUUUAGGACAAGUUCUUCAGUACAACAACGUGGGCCACCUGUUGGUGCUUCCAUGUAUAACUCGCCUUUGCCGGUUUAUGACCUUUCAAAAGGAAGUUACUACACUGCUGGAGCUGGAGGCCCGUCGGGAGGAAGUUUCAGUGGGGGAGCUGGCGGAGAUCCACACUUUAUGGUUCGCAUGAAGGAUCUAGAGUUACCCGUUUGUUUUAAUAUUCGAGCAAAGAAUGGCGAAAUCCUCCAGUUGGUGAAAGACCCAGUGUCAGGUGUCACUAUCAAUGCUGGAGUUGUGGAAUCGACUGCUAGAAAUGAACACGGAGACUUUAAAACUUUUUUCGGGGAACUUGUUUUACGCACACCCUCUGUGGAAAUAGUGGUAAAACCUAGUAGCAUUUAUUUUAAUGGUGCGUCCCUAUCUUGGGAUGACAAAACCGUUUUUCGAAUGGAAAAUGUUGCAAUCAUGGUGAAGUAUGUUGGUCGCCAUGACAGAGCUAUGACGAUUGACUUUGGAAAUGACAUCAUCGUUACCAUCAGACGACAUAUGAAACAGGAUACAACCAUGGCAAUGAGUUACUUAAACAUCUAUAUAGAAAAAGAGACAGGGAUAUCACAGUUUGCAUCAGGGGUUCUUGGAGAACUUGUACACAAAUCUACAAAGCUGUUUCAGAUUACAUUGGAUAAACAAGGUAAUGAACAUGGUCAUUUCUUGGAAGUUGGAGAUGGCCAUACGUAUCGAUUCUACACGAAUUUGGACCAGAAACAAAACGUUAUUACCGGAGAGGACAUGACAUGCUGGAAUGUUCCCCAGCCUAUGGAAGGCCUAUUAGAUGAAAAUAUUUCAAAGUACAUCGUACCUGAUAUGCAUGCUUGAAAGACUAGUGUUUUGAAUAUCUCGUCAUCAUUAUGUGCUUUUUAAGUUGUUACUGAAUUAUUAGUUAAACAAUCUAAUACAUUUAUUGUGCGAAUUUGUUAUAAAACUUAUUUGAUGCUAUAUGAUUUUAAAAGGUGAACGAUUUCAUUUUUUGAGCCAACGAUUUUAAUUAUAGGCAAUGAUUCGCGAUCUAAUACACUGCAAAAUGUGCACCCAACUUUAUUACAUGAUCUCUAUUUAUCCGAAAAAGUUCCCGUAAAAUUUUGACGCCAUAAAAUAAAAUGUCUACGCCACAAAGGAAAAGUGAAUGUUGAAUGACCCCAAUAGGUCUUGUGUCUCAGAUUAUUGGGUGAAGUGUUUUGGAUUCCCAAAUAGCUUUAAGGUCUAUUUAUAUGCAUAAAAAGAACAUACGCAGGGCCAAUUGAAAUGUAGAAUUAUGUUUUGCAAUUUUAAUUAGAAUUUACAUAAGAUUUGCUCAUGCAAAUGUUUUCUUAGUGUACAUUGUAUUAGAGGCACCAGUAGUAGUUAUAAAAAAAACUCUAGUAUACUAAGUUUCGAGUUCAUAUAUUUUGUCCAUUUGUGGCAAAUAAAAUUUGAUUUGAAUUUAAUAUAAUAUAUUUAUUUACACAUAAUAAAAUUGAGAAUGGAAAUGGGGAAUGUAUCAAAGAGACAACAACCUGACCAUAGCAAAAACAACAGCAGAAGGUCACCAACAUGUCUUCAAUGUAACGAGAAAUUCCUGCACCCGGAGGCGUCCUUCAGCUGGCCCCUAAACAAAUAUAUUAUACUAGUUCAAUGACAUCAGUAAAAUAUUGGACGCGAAAAUCCCUUAUGACAGCUUCAUGUAAACAUAGAUUCUACCACUGCAUCGAGUGUGAUUCGAUAUUUAUCCUCUCGAGACAGUUAAAUAUUUAAAAAUGUAACUGUCGUUAGUGGAUUAAUGUCGUAUUUCACAAGAUUUGGUGAUUAUCACUGAACUAGUAUAUAUAUGUGUUCAGGGGCCAGCUGAAGGACGCCUCCAGUGCGGGAAUUUCUCGCUGCAUUGAAGACCUGUUGGUGACCUUCUGCUGUUGUCUGCUCUAUAGUCGGGUUGUUGUCUUUUUGACACAUUCCCCAUUUCCAUUCUCAAUUUUUAUUGUCAUAUAUUUUAUGAUGGUAUGAUACUAAGCCCCUCUCAUAAAGUUUAUGAUGGUAUGAUACUAAACCCCUAACAGGAGGAAUUGUACCUGCAUUUUUAAUACGAUAAAAGCAUAAUCUUAG